GACCGUGCGCUUCGCACCUGCCAACAAGCCCAGCGACAACUAGCCACCUCGCCACCAUGCCCAAGAGCCCGAAAGCCAAGAGCCCCACGAACGCGACCGCGACCGCGGCGGCGAGUCCCAAGGCCGGCAACGGCGGCAAUGUCACCGAGGCGCUCAAGCAAGCCUUUGCGACGGCGCCCGAAAACCUCGACGUCGCGGCCGCCAAGGUCGCCGACGUCGUUGCUGGCGCCAAGGACGCCAACCUCGGCGCUGUCACGGACCAGCUCAACGCCGCGCUCGUCGACGCCGAUGCCGGUACGCGUCAGAGCGCGUGUCACAUUGUGACGGCGCUCGCCAAGAAGAAGCUCGCGCGUCUCGAGCCAUACCUCUCGCCGCUCCUCGGCAACGUCCUCGACGGCUACGCCGACAAGAAGAUCCAAGUGCGAGGACCCGCCGCCGAGGCCGCCAAGGCCAUCGUCGACUCGGUCAACCACAAUGCGAUCCGCGUGCUGUUGCCACACAUCUUUGGCGGCAUGGACCGUACGAAGAAGUGGCAGACGAAAGAAGGCGCGCUCAACUUGCUCGCGGAGCUCGCCGACGUGGCGUCUGUCCAGGUCUCGCGCUGCCUCCCCGACAUCAUCCCGAACGCCACCGAGCAAAUGUGGGACACGCGCCCCGAAGUCAAGAAGGCCGCCCACGCCGUCAUGAUCAAGGCGUGCAGCACGGCCUCGAACGCCGACAUUGAGCCGUUCAUUCCCGCGCUCAUCUCGUGCAUUGCCAACCCGGCCGAGGUCUCCGAGUGCGUGCACAAGCUCGCGUCGACGACGUUUGUCAAGACGGUCGAGGCGCCGGCGCUCGCCAUCAUGGAGCCGCUCCUCGUCCGUGGUCUCAACGAGAACAAGACGUCGGUCAAGCGCCAGACUGCUGUCAUCAUCGACAACAUGUGCAAGCUCGUCGAAGAGCCUGCGGAAGCACUUCUCUUUAC